AUGGAGAACAAGCGCAACCGAAAAAGUGACAAUCUAAAGAAGCUACCAUUCGAAUUGAUAAAACUGAUUACAAAUGAUUUCUCCGAGGAGCUUGGGCGCGGUGCGUUUGGACAAGUCUUCAAGGGAGUGCUGGAAGAUGGAGAAGAGGUUGCUGUGAAGAUGCUCCAUUUCAUGCCUAAUAUCAGUGACCAGCAGUUCGAAAACGAAUUUGAAAUCCUUAAGCAUCUCAAGCAUCCCAAUAUUGUCCGACUAGUAGGGUUCUGCGAUGAAGCUAAAGAAGAACUCGUAGAGUACAAUGGUAAACUAAUAGUUUGUCAAAGGAUACACAGGGCACUCUGCCUUGAGUAUAUGCCCAAUGGAAGCCUUGGCAAGCUCCUUCAUGGUUGGUGA